AUGCGCGCCCAAGGAUUUUGUAUCCAAGUUCUUGAAAAACUUGAUUUAAGAUUUGAUGCCAUUGAUUGGACCAUAGAUCUCGAGGACUCGUUGAAAAGUAUGGGUUACCCAAUAGAGGUUUUGUAUAGAAUAUUGAAAGGAUUAACCAUUCUUUGA